AUGACACAGUCCAACUAUUUGGAAUCAUUAGUUCCAUGGAAGCCGAUGACUCCGCACGAGGCAGUCAUAGGACCCGGUGGCAGUGGACCAAUUGCGUGGCCCCAGGGCAUCGAUCACGAUCUGGUCAAGUCACAGCCUCGUGUCAAUCUGGGGCGGUCUCGCUUCUCGACCGAUCCGUUUGGUUUUGUGGACGGUGGCUUUGGUGGGAACUUUCGAUAG